AUGUCCUCGAGCCGCCAUGUCCUACGUAUCAAACGAAUCACCUCCUUGGGUAUACGGCGGGGGAUAUCGAGUUCGCCCAUGGGAUUACGCAGCAGCACAACACCGUCAAAUCCAUUUAUUGCGCGACCAGGGCCACACCCAUUACCUUUAGAGGAUCAAAAAGAGUUUGAAGAACUUGUUAGAAAAGCUCAAGCGCCGCUUUCAACCUCUCCAAAGACUCACGUCACGUCGAGCAAUGGCGACGAGUUGCUCGAGGCGGCUGUGGAGCGACAUCCUGAUGCGAGGAAACCGAUACCCGCAGAAUUCGAGGGCGAUGUGAAUCCUGUCACUGGUGAAAGGGGAGGUCCAAAGCGGGAGCCGGUCAAACAUAAUGAUUGGAGCUAUGGUGGAAAAGUGACGGAUUUCUAA